AUGGCUAGUGUGAAUAUACUAUAUCUACUUGCAUUUGUUCUAUUGAUUGUUUUGAAAUCGAUACAUGAUGUUGAUGGAAAAUCAGAAGUGCCUUGUUUUUUCAUUUUUGGAGAUUCAUUGGUUGAUAAUGGCAACAAUAACCAUCUUAAGAAUAAGGGAAUUGUGAACUAUCUACCAUAUGGGAUUGACUUUCCCGAUGGUCCAACGGGAAGGUUUAAUAAUGGUCGAACUGUGCCUGAUGUGCUUGGUGAACUCUUAGGUUUCAAGAGUUUCAUUAAAUCUUUUCCAACAGCAAAGGGCUCACAAAUCCUUGAAGGUGUUAACUAUGGAUCUGGCUAUGCUGGAAUUCGAGAUGAAACAGGAAAACAUAUGGGCAUUCUUGUUUCUUUCAACAAGCAAAUACAACAUCACCAAGUUAUCAUGUCUCGCAUUCAUCACAUACUAGGAAAAAACCAUUCAAACUACCUAAAGCAGUGCUUAUAUUUAUCGAUGAUUGGCAGUAAUGAUUACAUUAAUAACUAUUUUCUACCAAAGUAUUACAAUUCAAGUCGUCAUUAUACCCCAAAACAAUAUGCUAAUGUUCUUGUUGAAGAAUAUGCUCGGCACCUAAAGACUCUCCAUGAUUUUGGAGCAAGAAAGUUGGCUAUAAUUGGAGUUGCGCCAAUAGGUUGCACCCCAAACGCCACUGCUUACUAUGGCACAAACGGCUCUCUCUGCGAAUUUGGCAUUGUUUUGGGAUUCCUUUCAUCCUUCUGA